CUGAGGCCGCCGCUAUGACAAGCUCCGCUUGCAACUGUAAUAUCUUAAUGUUCGUUUUUCGCGCGCUCUUUUUCCAGAGUGACAUGAGCAAAGAAUUUUCAUGGUUGUGUCCUUGGCAGACUAUUUAAAUGGCAGAUCAUAGGUCGUUUGGGUUAAUACUCUGAAGUUCAUGCUUAGCCAAGCAAUACAAUAAUACUUAGAUUCGUGAUCAGCUGUGGGAGUUGUGCUCGUUCAAAUCAUCCUCAAGAUGUUCGCGUGCAGAACAAGUGUAUCAUCCAAAGCUAGUCAUGUUAGGAUACGUCAGAUGGCAAUAUGUUUUUCUAGAGCAAUGUCGUCCGAACCAGCCGAUGAUGUUUUAUUUGAAUCAGCCCAAGAUAAAGGCAUAAUUGUUCUCAACAGGCCAAAAGCUUUAAAUGCACUUAACCUAAGUAUGUGUGAGAAAAUAUUUCCUGUUAUGAAAAAGUGGGAGAAAGAAAAAAGUAUGGUUAUAAUUAAAGGAGCUGGAGAGAAAGCUUUCUGUGCUGGUGGAGAUGUGAGAGCUAUUGCAGCAGCAGCAUUAAAAGGUGAUACUUGUGUAGGUAAGAACUUCUUUCGCUGUGAAUAUACAUUGAACAAUCUCAUUGGUACUUACCAGAUUCCAUAUGUGGCGCUGAUUCAUGGCAUCACAAUGGGUGGUGGAGUUGGACUUUCUGUGCAUGGAACGUACCAAGUUGCAACAGAAACAACUCUUUUUGCCAUGCCAGAAACUGCUAUUGGUUUGUUUCCUGAUGUGGGUGGAAGUUUCUUUCUCCCUCGUCUCGGCGGAAAAUUAGGGCUUUUCCUGGCUUUAUCUGGCCAUAGAUUAAAAGGAAAUGAUGUUGUAAAAGCUGGUAUUGCAUCUCACUUUUGUGAUAGUUCUAAAUUGCCUGAAUUGGAAAAGGCCUUAAUUUGUUGUACAGAUCCCCAAAACAAUGCUGUUAAGAUUCUUGAUGAAUUUUCCAAGAAAAGUUCUGGCAAUAAAGGUGACUUUAGCCUUGCUCCUUAUCUAAAGCAAAUUGAUCAGUGUUUCUCAGCAUCGUGUGUUGAAGAAAUCUUUCAGAAGCUAGAGAAAGAUGGAUCCGAAUGGGCUGUGAAAUUGUUGGACUCGUUAAAACAAAUGUCUCCUACAUCCAUGAAAAUUUCACACAGAGAAUUGCAAGAGGGUGCCUGCAUGAAUUUGCAAGAAUGUUUGAUUAUGGAAUAUCGUCUAGGUUGUCAUGCUUGUGAAGGUCAUGAUUUCAUUGAAGGUGUUAAAGCUCUUUUGAUUGACAAGGGUCGUAAACCAGAAUGGAAACCAUCUACCCUGGAAGAAGUUACACCAGACAUACUUGAUAAGGCAUUUGCUUCUUUACCACCAAGUGAAGAGUUGCAAUUAUAGUGUAUAUUCUGAAGUCAGUGAAUAUAUUAAAUAAUAUGACUUAAAUUUGUAGUUGUAUAACAGAGCACUUUGUAUGUAAAUGUGCAAAUUGAUUUGUUUCAUAACAGAAAUCCUUAAUUUCAAUGAUUGAAGGGGAAAACAUACAAAACAAAAGUUGGUGUUUGAAAUGUGGCACUAGAAAAUACACAUUUCUGCAGAAAUUCUGACUUUUAACUUUCAUUCAUUCAAAAAGAAAAGUUAUUUUGCAUUACUCUGAAAGGUUUUGAAAUUACAUAACUUGAAAUAGUGAUGUAAUAGUUUCAUGGAGUUGUGGUCAGAUCCGUUGCCUUCCAUUACUGGGACCAGGGUACAAUAAUUCAUGGUGAUCAUGUGGAAUUUGUGAUAGACAAACAGCACUAAGUUGUUUCAGGGAGCUUCGAUCCAUGCUUCUCGGUUCCCCAUUUCUCCAUCUUCUUUCAGUGUUUCAUCAACACCUUCAUAUCAGGUCAUUACACUCAUCCUGAAAAAAGAUGAAAGGCUUUGAUAAAGGAAUCGUAAUGCAGUAGGUAAGGUUCCACUGAAGUGCAGAUAAUCAUUGAUAGUGAUGAUUCCGAAAUAUCUUCUUGUAAAUACUUUAACUAUUAAAUAGUGUCAAAAGGUGUUUUUUUAGUGGGCUCUUUUUGGCAAAUUUUGAUAUUGCCAACACCUACUGACAGAAAAUGAAUACUUUGUUUUUGUGCCCAUUUUUCUAUUUUCAGAUCUUUGUAAGUAGCAUUUAAUUUUAAGAAUACUGAAGAAUAUUGUUAGGCAUUUAAAAUUGUACCUGCAGAGAUGUUUGGAUUUUUCUUUUAGGUUUUUUGUAUACAUGUCAGUGUUGCGUUUUCCCUUGAUGUGUCCUUUUCUACUGAAUUUUUUAUAAUAGUUAUUUCAAAACAAACAAAUUCAACUAACAAGUAAAAUUAUUAAAAAUAGUUCAUCAAUAAAAAUUAAUUUCCAGUUGCUAAUAUUAUAAUUUCCUUGAUAAUAUGAGAAUAUAUUUUAUUGAAAGUGUUGUAAAUUGAUAUUUGUUAUUUAAUUUGAAUUUUAAGUUUGAAUUUGAAGUAUUAAACACAUUAGUUUUCUUAUGCCUUGUAGAAUUGUGAUCUGAAAUUUGAAUUUGUAUUUGAGAAGAUUGAAGAAAACCUUCUUUUCAGAAUUAUUGGAUAAACACAAACAAUUCAAGACUUCUAAGAUAAUUUUUGUGUAUUCUACAAAUUUUUAUUUUUAAAACAUUGUACUGGAACUGAUGUUUGGGUUUUCAGUGCCUAUUGCAAAAUUAAUUGUUGCUGCCCUGAUAAAGGCAUGAGAGAUAUUUUAUAAAAGUUACAUUCGUAUAAUUUUGGAAAAAAUAAAUGAAUACAGCCAAAUAAAUUUUAUGUUAUUUUAACAGUGCAAUUAGUGCUAUCUGUUAUGAACAUUUGAAGAAAAUAUUUGAAACCGGUUUUGAGAAAAAAUUAAAAUACAGAUUUUUUCUUCCCAUAAAAUUUGAUCUUCAUAGGGUGUUCUUACAUAAUGGUCAUGCACAUUUUUAAAUAUUUGAGUAGUUUUCGUGCGAUAUUGCCAGCAAUAUGUGCAAUUAAAAAAAAAAAACACUCAAAAUUUUUUGUUCAACUUUUGAUAUGAGAUGCCAUAUUACUCUUUUGUG